CGGGCCCCGCACACACACACGCCGGCGCUCAGAGCGUGUCGCUGCCAGAGCGCGUCGUCGCCGCCGCACACCCGACCUGCGCCCGCGCGCCAGCCCGCCAGCCGCGCCAGCACCACCGCGACGACGUCGCACCACCGCGUCGACGAGCGACGCGUCGUCGUCCGCGCGGGCCGGCCGCGACCGACCGACCAACCGACCGACCGUGUUCAUUCAUCUCAACGACAAGGUGUGUCGUGUGCCGUGCGAGCAGCGUCGCGGUGCCGGCCGUCGGCUGAGCGGGUGUGAGUGUGUGUGUAUGUGUGUGUGCGUGUACGCCUGCAGGACUCAAGCACACACAUAGCUGCUGGCCGGCGAGGACGUCAACCCUCUCUGCUGCUUGGCCAGCAUGGCUUAGCGCCAUUGGGCUAUGGACGGAAUGGUUGAAGAGCAUGGCCAAGUUGUAGUCGAUCCACUGGCUCACAGCACACCUGGAGGGAACGCAUCUGCCAUCAUAACAUCGGUACAGCCAUCAGUCCAGCCAGCAAUGGCUGUGACACAAUCCUCUCAAACACAGCGUCUUGUCACAACAGCUAGCAUCAUGCAAAUCACAAUACCUCAGCAACUCAGUGUUGCUAAUGCAACUGAUGCCCAGGUUCAGUCAGUGAUACAAGCAAAUAAGCAGUCUGUAAUCCAGACUGCUACAGGAAACAUUCAGUUGAAGCCAGGAAAUGUUAUUCUGGUCAAACCUAAUUCUGUUAUUCAGACCACACCAAAUAUUCAAACCAUACAGGUUGUUGACGCUGAUAGUGACGAUGAUUUGUCCCCUAGGAAACGAAGGGAUGUAUUAAGUAGACGGCCCUCAUAUCGAAAGAUUCUUAACGAAAUUGACGAAAUAGCAGGUAAUCCAGGUCACAAGGUUGAAUCAUCAUCUGAAUGCGACUCAAAUUUGGACAGUGAACUGUCUUCACAUUCCCUCUCUGCCAACUACUCAGUGAUUCCAGCAGGAACUAUACUCAACAGUCAGGGCGAAGCAGUGCAGGGACUGCACACUAUCACCAUGACCAACGCCACCUCAGCAGGUGGGCUAGUGCAGUACACCUCAGGGCAGGAUGGCCCAUUCUAUGUCCCAGGUGAGGACGGACAAUUGGCCACCAUAGUUGUCACACAAGGAGGUGGAUUAAGUGGAGGCUCGGUCAUGCCCGAAGAUCAAUCAAGAAAGAGAGAAAUGAGGCUCCUUAAAAAUAGGGAAGCUGCCAGAGAAUGCCGGAGGAAGAAAAAAGAGUAUAUUAAGUGCCUGGAAAACAGAGUAGCAGUGUUGGAAAACCAGAAUAAAGCUCUUAUUGAUGAGCUAAAAUCCUUAAAAGAGCUUUAUUGCCAGACAAAAACAGAAUGAUAAGCCAGCAGGUAGCUGGCAAUAUGUUGCUCCAUUGCUUUCUGUGAUGAUGCUGCUGAUGUGGUUCCAUCAGUCGGCUGAUAGUUGCCUGGGUGUUUGGUAGCCACAACCUCCUCUGGUAUCAUACAUUGUGUGUGAAGUUGUUGCAUAUGUAGUCGAAAGAUGUGUUAUAAUUUACUUAAGUAAAAGUCAUAUCGUGGGGUACUUUUCUAUACAAUGCUUUUUGCGUGGACAAUUAUGAAAUAUUUUUGUGACAUCCCCCAUAACAAUUUAAGUAUGCCAUCAUUUCUCACUUUAUUUUAUGUCAGAGACUGUCAGCUUUACAAUAGGACGAUGUGGCAGUGAGUAGGGUGUGUUUAGUCGAAUGCAAAUCUUUCUUGUGAUUUUUAUUAUUGUAAGUUCUGAAAGGCGAUCAUCCUUCGUUCCAUCCUUCAUUACUCCUGCAUCAGGUGUGUUGGUGUGAGGUAUUGUCUUGUAUGAAUACAAAUCAAGGAAAGAGUAGUAUUCACAAUAUGUGAAGUACUUCAUUCAGUGAUUAUUAUUGUUGCACAUGCACAAAAUUUAUAGUUCAAGUAGUGUGUCAUGUCUCCACGUAACUUUAUGAUUGCUGGCAAUGUUGGCCUUUUCUUCCCACAAAGUAUAGGCUUGUGACCAAUAAUAAUCAUUGGUUUUGUAUUCUUUAAUCUUGGAUUAUGAUAUUUUUUAUGGUCUGAGAUUUAGGCUGCAAUUUGAUCUGUGGGUAUGGUUGUAGUGUAAGGUUCUUUACUUGAAGGCUGUAGUAAGUUUUUAAUUUAUUAUAUUUUGUUUCUUUGCCCCUUCUCCCCCUUAUCCAUUUUUUGUCACAUGAAAUGUCACUCCAAAACCUUAGACAAUUAAGGGUUUUUAUUCUGAAAAUGUCCAGUUUUAUUUUGUUUUUGAACUGUUAUCUUCAAUUCCUUCAAUUUUGGGGGGAUUUGCAAUCUUUCACAAAUUAAGUUUUAGUUAGUGUCCUGGAGCUUUGACCAGAUGCCAAUGCAUCUGAUAAAUUAUUGUCAUCUAUGCCCUGCAGUUUGUUCUUUUUUGUUCUUUUGGCUCAAAACAUUACAGCAUAUUGUUGUAAUUGAAUGUUAACUGUAUCUCCUAUUUAACACGUGAUAAAGCUACAUACAAGUAGGCUCUUUACAUCGGCCAGAUAAAUUUAAUGCUUGUGCAUGUCAAACUAGUUAUAAGUCUGAGAGUGGUACAAUAUUUUGGUGAACAUGCUAUUUUAAUACUGUUUUGAGUAGUAGAUGUGAGUACACUUAUUCUAAUUUGUGAUUUAGCUUUUCUUUGCUUCAAUUUUCUUCAAAGAAAAA